AAAGCUUUGUGUGCUGUCUACAUUUUUACAGGAUAAAUUCCUGAAGCAGAAUGCAUUAUUUCCUCAUGAGUCUUACGUAGGAAACUUACAUAGCUAUCACCUUUUCUGUGGGGGGGAAUCAAACUCAUGACCUCGCGCUUACCGGGCAGGGGUAGUGCCACUGAGCUAUAUCCCCAACCCCUCUAGCUACCCUUUGAGUUGGGUAUUAUGUUUUUUCUUUUGCAAAUGAAGAAUUUGAUCCUUAAAUACAUGUGUGACUUAUUUAGUUCAUGAGUACAGGGAGUGGGGAACAGGAAUCCUGGUUUCCUUUUCCAUGGGGUGCAUUUUUCCCACCUGGAUUUCACACUAUUUAGGAAAUGGUUAAAAAGUCAGGUGAGAUGGCACAUGUCAUGUAAUCACAGCACUUGGGAGGCUGAAGCAGGAAGAUCACAGCAAAUUCAAGGCCAGAAUGGACUCUGUAGUGAGUUUAAGACCAGCCUUCAUUGCAAAGCAAGACCCUAUCUCAAAAAAAGGAAAAAAAAGAAAGAAAAAGAAAGAAAGAAAGGAAGAAAAGAAAAGAAAAAAAAGAAAAGAAAAAGAAAGAAAAAAAGAAAGAAAGAAAAAGUUUAAAAAGCAAGACUUUACAGUGGAACUAUCAAGAGAAUUAUUAAGAAUUCUCAGUAAGAGCAUCCUAAGUAACUAGAAUACAGGGGACACAGUAGUUCACGCAGUGUAUAUUUUCAUCUGGCCUUUUAACUGAGGACAGCUUUGUGAGCUGACGGUCUAUUAAUAGCAGUUACGGUGGAGGGCCCUGAGGAUCUUGCAAAGAAGCUGUCUGUCACAGGCACCGAGACAUUGCUUGCCUACUCUCUAUUCCAAAGGAAAGAACACAGAGCAUCUGGACCACUUUUCCAAUGUACUUAUAACUCAAAUUGAACAAAACAGCUCUGUGGACAUUUCCCUUCACCCACUUCCCAAUGAUGAUAACUGAUCUGAAAAUCCUUUCACACCUGGAAAUCUAUUUAUAUAAAAGCAGCAGAAUUUUCUUGCAGUGCAAUUAGGAACAGAGUCUACGACUAGGCAGGAGAAUCCCUGACUCGCCCUGUGGUGGAGAUGAUCUGUCUGGUGCUGAAAAUGUCUCCGGUGUUCUGACCGCGGUCAGCAGCCAUGGAGUCCAGCAGCCUCGGGAAAGCAGCCACGUUAGAUGAACUGCUGGGCACUUGCAUUGAGAUGUUUGAUGACAAUGGCGAGCUGAAUAAUAGUUAUUUGCCACGAAUUGUUCUCCUGAUGCACCGAUGAGCACGUACCAAAAUGCCAGUGGAGAGAGCUGCGAUGAGUUUCGAUUAAAGAUCUGCUAUUUCAUAAGGUACUGGAUUCUGAAGUUUCCUGCAGAGUUUAAUUUGGAUCUUGGUUUGAUUCGCAUGAUUGAGGAAUUCCGGGAAGUAGCUAGUCAAUUGGGAUACGAAAAACACGUCAGUCUCAUCGACAUAUCCAGCAUUCCUUCCUACGACUGGAUGAGAAGAGUCACACAGAGGAAGAGAGUAUCCAAGAAGGGCAAGGCCUGUCUGCUGUUUGACCAUCUGGAGCCCAUUGAAUUGGCAGAGCACCUCACUUUUCUGGAGCAUAAAUCUUUUAGAAGGAUCUCAUUUACUGAUUAUCAAAGCUAUGUCAUCCAUGGCUGCUUGGAGAAUAACCCAACCUUGGAGAGAUCUAUUGCUUUAUUUAAUGGAAUCUCUAAGUGGGUCCAAUUGAUGGUUCUCAGCAAACCAAGCCCCCAGCAAAGGGCAGAAGUUAUCACAAAGUUUAUCAAUGUUGCAAAGAAGCUCCUUCAGCUCAAAAAUUUUAACACCCUGAUGGCGGUGGUGGGAGGCCUUAGCCACAGUUCAAUUUCACGCCUCAAAGAGACCCAUUCCUACCUUUCUUCAGAGGUGACAAAGAACUGGAAUGAAAUGACAGAAUUGGUCUCCUCCAAUGGUAAUUAUGGCAGUUACCGCAAGGCCUUUGCCGACUGUGAUGGUUUCAAGAUCCCCAUCCUUGGAGUACACUUGAAAGACUUGAUAGCGGUCCAUGUCAUUUUCCCGGACUGGAUGGAGGAGAACAAAGUGAACAUUGUGAAAAUGCACCAGCUCUCUGUUACCCUGAGUGAACUGGUCGCCCUGCAGAACGCCUCUCACCACUUAGAGCCCAACAUGGAUUUGAUCAACCUGCUCACUCUCUCUCUGGACCUCUAUCACACAGAAGAUGAUAUUUAUAAACUGUCGCUGGUGCUGGAGCCUAGAAAUUCUAAAUCGCAGCCUACCUCCCCCACGACACCCACCAAGCCUGUGGUACCCCUGGACUGGGCAUCCGGGGUGAUGCCGAAGCCAGACCCCACCAUCAUCAACAAGCACAUACGGAAAUUAGUUGAGUCUGUGUUUAGAAACUAUGACCAUGACCAUGAUGGGUACAUCUCCCAAGAAGACUUUGAAAGUAUAGCGGCCAAUUUUCCCUUCCUGGAUUCCUUCUGUGUACUAGACAAAGAUCAGGAUGGUCUAAUCAGUAAAGAUGAAAUGAUGGCCUACUUCCUGAGAGCUAAAUCCCAACUGCACUGUAAAAUGGGACCAGGAUUUGUCCAUAACUUUCAAGAGAUGACCUAUCUGAAGCCAACCUUCUGUGAACACUGUGCUGGAUUCCUUUGGGGCAUAAUCAAACAAGGAUAUAAAUGCAAAGACUGUGGAGCCAAUUGUCACAAACAGUGCAAAGAUCUCCUGGUUCUGGCCUGCAGGAGGUUUGCCCGGGCGCCCUCCCUGGGCAGCAGUCAAGGGUCACUGCCCGGAAGCCCCUCGCUGCCCCCAGUGCAAGAUGAGGUGUUUGAGUUUCCCGGGGUUGCUGCUGGACACCGGGAUCUGGACAGCAGAGCCAUCACACUGGUCACAGGCUCUUCUCGCAAGAUAUCCGUGAGGCUACAGCGGGCCACGACCAGCCAGGCCACACAGACUGAACCUGUCUGGUCCGAGGCUGGUUGGGGAGACUCAGGGUCCCACACCUUCCCCAAAAUGAAAUCCAAGUUCCACAACAAAACAGCAAAGAACAAAGGCUUUGCUAAGUGGGAAAAUGAGAAGCCCAGGGUGCAAGCAGGUGUGGACGUUGUAGACCGGGGCACCGAGUUUGAACCUGCCCAGGAUGAAGGCCUGGAUGAAACCAGACAGGAUGGUGAGGAUGGCUGACUUCAAGCUGAGGAAACUGAGGCAAUCAUGUUGGCUUUGGGAAGGAGCAAGAUGAGGAGCUCUGAGGAACUCUCCAAUCUCAGGAAGUUUUCUGGAAAGAUACCUGGAUAUUUUCUGCUGUAGGACAUUGUGGGAUCACCGUGGUUGGCCAAUGGGACAGAAGAUUUAUCCUAAUAAUGAACUAUUUAUUCUUCCUCCUUAUCCCUAGUUAGGUGCCACACAGACUGUGUUAUGUAGCUAGCUGUCUUCUCACUGUAUUUCUCUUGAGCCGUUUAUAUAUGGGUGAAAUGGAAGCUUCUGUGCAUACACUGGAUACUCUCAAACCUCCGCCUUUGCUGUUUUGUGAGGCUAUUUCAAUUCUGUGGACUUUGGGGAUGGGACCAGUACUUAAUGUUUUCUUUCUUGAGGGACAAGGAAGCCACUCAGGCCUGGAAUCUUGCAGUUCUAGUGAAGAUCAUCUGCAAGGAGAAGCCAUUCAUGUUCCUGCUACACAGUUGCUGUGAUGUAGAGUAGGUCCCAUGUCCCUGUCAUCAAAGUCUCACCAGUUCUGCAUCACUAAGGGUCUGGAAGCCAGCUGUGAAGUGCUCCUAGUAUUUAUAAUAGCCAUGGGGGAAAAUGAAUUGCACUUGUCUUAUCUGACUGCACACCUUUACUUCUUUAGAGCCCUAAACCAGGAAAAGCUAUUGAAAAAUCCAUGUUUUGGGGAAUAAAAUUUAGUAGAGAAGUCACUUAACAAACCACUAGGUAAACUGCAAAAUCUCUGCCAAUUUGUAAAAGUUCAAAGUAAUUCUAAUUUUUGUUUAAAAUUGUUUUUUGUUCUGAAAGGUGAUUCUUAUACCCUUCCCAAAUCGAUUUCUAUCCAUAGUUAAAAGACUAUUCGUUAAAAAGAAAGCCAUCAGAAAUCACCUUGAAUAUUUCAUUUAAACUUUGAAAAAAAUAUUAGUAAUUUAGGUAUUUUCCUCUGGCCCAGAGUAUCUAGAUAUAGGCCUAUUUCUUAAAUUAUUAGAGAGAGAACUUGAUUCAGGAUGUUCAGAAUAGAAGCCUGGUGCUAGCAGUAUACACCUGUAAUUCCCAGCACUUAAGAGGCUGGGGCAGGAGGAUUACCCCAAGUUCUGAGCCACCCUAGGCAACAUAGAAGGACACUGUUUUAAAAAACCAAAAAUGCGGGAAAAAGCUGUUUGAAAUAGAGAUGGAAUUGAGCCUGUGGGUGAGGUGAAAGACUGCUGCAAGUGACCAGCCAGAAACUGUCACAUAGAGGCACGUGGUCGCCAUAUUGGAAGGCGAUUUUUAAAUACAUAGCUCAGUAGAACUAACUGGAUAUGUGGCAGUCACUUUUUUCUUCUCUUUUCUUCACUGCGGACAACUGAGGACAGUUCUGCAGGGCCAACUUGCUGAGCACUGGCUCUGGACAGGCCCUGUGCAAAAGGCACAAAGACAAAGGACCUGGUCUCAGCCUCAGGGCUGAGAGUGUGAGGACACCAAGGCCAUCUGGCUCCCAGGAUGUCCAUCCAGCUGGGAUUACAGAGUCACCGUCUGUAAACACCUCCUGGGCAAACUGCCACUGUCUGAGAUGAAAUAACAAAACUAAAACCAAAAUGGUAACUGAAGCACAGGGAACCCUUCGCUGUGUUUUUUUUAGAAAAAGAAGUAACUUCAGGAAGAAGCCUGUUAAUAAAUGUGGGACUGCUCCUUUUCUUCUCAAGGGAAUUAUUUCACUUCAUCUUAAUUUGGAUAUUUUUGUGUUUUCCUAUAUAGGAAGAGUUUCAUAUUGUCAUUGUCCUAUGACAAAGAUACUAAAUGUACCCUGAGCAAAAAAUAAACCAAACAUAUGCAUAGGAA